UCCCUCUCUCUCUCUCUCUCUCUCUCUCUGGCUAACAAAUUCUUGUAUCUGCGGGAAAAAUCACACAGCCGGCUAUGAUUCCGACUCGCCGGCCACUCUUCCCUUAAUCCAAAGUAUAAAACCAUAGACUCGGUCUCUCUCUCUCUGUCUGUGUGUUUGUGUUUCUGUCACGAGCUUGAUUUGUUCACUUUUAUUCUACUUCUAAGGUAGGAAUUUUGUGGAGUUAAAACCUUUUUUGGGAGAAAAUGCUGGAUCUUAAUCUCAGCGUAGGUUCCGCGGAUUCUGCCUCGGAUUCCGUGGAAAUGGUGAGGGAGAAGAUUCUACGCCUCUCCGGAAGCCCAAAGGAGAGCUCCGGUAGCUUCAAUUCCUCCGUUGUUAGUGCUGGCGACGAGGACUCUACCUCCAACUACUGCGAUGCGGCUUUCGCUUACAGCUUCGGCAUUCUCAAGGAUAACAGAUCGAUCAGCCCCGGAGAAGAGCUCGAUAAAUGCGACCGAACCAUCCAGUUAUUUCCAGUGAGCAGAGCAGGGGAGGGAGAGGCCGACGUGUCCAGGUCCAGGCUCGGGCUCGGUAAGUCUUCGCGGCAGGAGUGGACGGGUUUCACUUCGAGUUAUGGUGGAAUGGGGGCGGAGCACAGGAUGGCGGCCCAGCAGCAGCGGGGGGAGCAACAACAGAGGCCGCAAGUGAAGAAGAGUCGCCGGGGACCGAGGUCUCGGAGCUCUCAGUAUCGCGGCGUUACGUUUUACCGAAGAACUGGAAGAUGGGAAUCGCACAUUUGGGAUUGCGGGAAGCAAGUGUAUCUGGGAGGAUUUGACACUGCUCAUGCUGCGGCUAGGGCAUAUGAUCGGGCUGCAAUCAAGUUUCGUGGAUUGGAUGCUGAUAUCAAUUUUAAUAUCAGCGAAUAUGAUGAAGAUAUUAAGCAUAUGAGUAAUUUUUCCAAGGAAGAAUUUGUGCAUAUCCUACGCCGCCAGAGCACCGGGUUUUCCAGGGGAAGCUCCAAGUACAGGGGAGUGACGCUACACAAAUGUGGGAGAUGGGAAGCUCGUAUGGGGCAGUUUCUGGGCAAGAAGUAUAUAUAUCUUGGGCUAUUCGAUAGCGAGGUGGAGGCUGCAAGGGCAUAUGACAAGGCUGCCAUCAAAUGCAAUGGAAGGGAUGCUGUCACUAACUUUGAGCUGAGCACAUAUGAAGAGGAAAUUAUCCCUGAGGCUGAUAAUGACUGCAAUCAAAAUCUUGAUCUUCAGUUGGGAAUGGCUCCACCUUCAUUUUCUAAUGUGGGGAAGGAGAACAACACUGAUGCAAGCAGUUUUCAUUUGCAGCGUGGCUGGGAUGAGAUGCCUUUUGAUAGGAGACCAAGGAUUGAGAACACUGCUUCAGAAACAGUGAGGAUUCAAGUUCCUCAUGGACCUGCGAAUGCAUCUGAGCACCCUCUUCUCUGGAGUGGUGCAAAUUCCAGUUUCUUUUCCAUCUAUAAGGAGAAAGCAAUGGAGAAAAGGAUGGAAGUUGAGUCCUCGCCAUGUUGGCCAAGUCAAACCUGCGGUCCUUUUGGUGGGGCGACUCAAGUGCCACUCUUCUCUGCUGCAGCAUCAUCAGGAUUCCCGUCAACGACUACCAGUUAUCCAUCAGCUGCUGUUGGUCAACUUCAUCUUCCAAAUACAACUAUCCAUCCACCACCAUUCUUUGCCAUCAAUCACCCACACUACCACCAUGUCCCAUUUCCACUGCAAGAGCUGAAAUCAGUACCAGGAAGAACAUAGCAACAACCCCCAGAAAUCUUCUAAUUUGUUCUGAAAGCAGAAGAUGGCCGGUCGGUAGGCAAAUUUGGAAAACAAAGAUUGGUAAUUGAAUUCAUUAGUUUCAGUAGAUUUCUGCAUUAUGGAUAUCUGAUUCCAUAAGUUGAUAUGAUCUUUUCUUCCAUGUGAAGCUUUAUCAAACUUAAGCACCUUAGCUCUGUGGCAUGAGUAGAUUUGGGUACUAUUUCUGCCUCCAUAUAUGCUGGUUUUGUGCUACAAUGAGUCUCUGCACAAAGCUCAGAAAGUACGUAUGUCCUGUGAAAUGAUUUGAAAAGAAAACAUUGUCACUUCAAA